AUGACUUAUCCUGAAAAUGUUGGAAUAGUAGCUAUCGAGAUAUAUUUUCCAAAGAGAUGUAUUGAACAAGCAGAACUAGAGAAAUUUGAUAAAGUAUCGACUGGUAAAUAUACAAUUGGCUUAGGCCAAACUAAAAUGGGAUUUUGUGAUGACAGAGAAGCUGUCCAAAAUUUAAUUGAAAAAUACAAGAUUUCUUAUAAAGAUAUUGGUCGCGUUGAAGUUGGUACAGAGACAAUCAUUGAUAAAUCAAAAUCUGUAAAAAGCGUGCUGAUGCAGCUUUUUGUUGAUUCGGGUAAUACUGAUGUUGAAGGUAUCGAUACUAAAAAUGCUUGUUAUGGAGGUACAUCGGCACUUUUCAAUUCAUUGGAUUGGGUAGAGUCAUCAUCUUGGGAUGGACGAUAUGCUCUUGUAGUCGCUGGUGAUAUUGCUGUUUACGCAUCUGGUCCUGCACGUCCUACUGGUGGUGCAGGAUGUGUUGCUAUGCUUAUCGGUAAAGAUGCUCCAAUUGUUUUUGACAGAGAUUUGACAUCGGAAUUUCCAGUAGUAGAUGGUCAUUUAAGUAAUUCAUGUUAUCUUAAGGCUCUUGAUAUUUGUUAUAACAGAUAUAUUGACAAAUUGGAGAAAGUUGAAGAUCCUACAAUAAAAUUUUUUGAUUACGCUCUUUUCCAUUCACCAUAUUGUAAAUUGGUACAAAAAAGUUAUGCAAGAUUAUUUUAUAAUGAUUUUAAAAGAAACCCAACGCUCGAAGGUUUUGAAUCUGUUCUUCAAUUCCAAAAUAUCGAUUAUGAAGAAUCAUUAAGAUCAAAAGAACUUGAAAAGGCUCUUGUUGGAAUUAGUAAUUCAUUUUAUCAAAGUAGGGUACUACCGACUCUUUUGCUUGCUACUCAAAUUGGAAACAUGUAUUGUGCAUCUUUGUAUGGAACUCUUGUAUCUUUAUUAUCAAGUGAAGAUGUAAAAGAUUUGAUUGGUAAGCGUGUUGCAAUGUUUUCAUAUGGAUCUGGUCUAUCAUCAUCAUUUUUCUCAUUUCAAAUUAGGAAGUCUGUCAAGGAUAUUAGUGAAAAAUUGAAUAUAAAAAAUAGAUUAGACUCGAGAUUGAUAGUUCAACCUGAGAAAUUCGCUAAAGUGAUGAAUUCAAGAGAAGAAACACACGGUGAAAAGGAUUUUGAACCUAAUGGAGACAAUAGUUCGAUAGACGAAACUAUGUUUGAAGGAACUUAUUAUUUAGAAAAAAUUGAUUCGAAAUGGAGAAGGUUUUAUAAACGUAGAUAA